CUAGGCAGAGCGUUAUCGGCGGCAGAGGCAGCCAGAUCCAGCCUCCUCAAAGGAUCUGCCCCCCCCCCGACACACACACACCCCAACCUGCUGCAGCAUGGCUCGGGAGAGCCCUGCUCCUGCCUCUGGAAGAUGCAAAAAAGGAGCCCGUGGGGCAGGCGCAUCUCUCUCGCCAGAGGAAGAGCCAUAGCGUCCUUAGGGCACGGCAGGAGGAGAGGGGACGGCGGGCAGCGCACCCCAGCCCGCUCGCCCAGCAGCAGCAAGGAAAUCGGGGCAGGGCGCUCCGAGCGGCUUAGCCCGGGCAAAGUUUCCCAGGCGUGUGGGGGGCGCAGCUAGGCAGGCGAGAGCCCCACGCGUGGGAAGGAUCUGCGGCGGGUGAGCUGCCCGUGGAUGGCUGGUCCUUGGGGCUUCCCCGCAGCUCCUCUGCUCGAGGCAGGCACACCUGGAAAUUCAAGGCAGCACAAGCCCACUGAUCGUCUCACCAAUGCCAUGUGUGCUCAGUAAGGUGCGAGGUCCCCUGGGAGACUUGUAUCAACAUGUUCAGCGAAAAAAGCAGCACCUCUUUGUCCCAGAAACCUAGCCAGAAAAAGACCAGGCCCCAGGGGCUCCCAUCCCCUGCUCUCUGUUGUGCCUGUGGACUUUGCAUCAUGCUUGCCGGGAUCAACAUCACCCUGGUGGGAGCAUUCGCUUUUGGGACCUUCCUCCCCAUGAACAACCCCCCUAUCAUCAUUGGACCCAUCCUGCUGGUGGUUGCUUUUACGUUCUUCGGUGCCUGCUGCAUCUGUAGCCGGAGACCACCUGCCCAUGGGUCGAGGAAAUCCAAGCCAGGUUCCAACAUCGGGCUCAUCAAACCUGGCAACACAACCUUCGAGAUAGAAACCAGCGAGCACACGGUGCAGGACACCACCGCUGUGCAGUUGAGCCCAACCAACUCGCCUGUGUCCUCCAGAAAGUCCACGCCCGUCCAUGAGAACUCCAAGACCUGCAAACUCUUCACAAUGGAUGGCAAUGGGCCGGCGGCAAAAUACACAGCAGGAGGGGAGUCAAUUCAACUGAACUUGCCCAGAGACCUUAUGACAUCCUAAGUCAAGUCAGAGUGGUUAUUAGCAGCCAGGUGGGCACCACAGUUGGGUACGCCAUGAUCAGAUGGAUACAGCUGUUAGGAAGCAGCAAGCCUAUGAAAUCCUUUGGUGUGGCCAACUGAUAUGCUGACAUCUUAAAAACCAGUUAAGAAAGGAAAGGGAUGACAUGGUAAUUGGAAACGGUGGUGAGAAAUUCCAGCUUUUUUUCUGGAAUGGGUGCAUUUAUUUAAUGUUAUUAGAAACAAUGCUGUAACGAGGAAUCGAUGUGGCCCAGCUACUGGGAAAUUAGAGAUCUUCUUUUGGAAUUAAUUCAUUUCUUUAGUGCAACUUUUUAAAAAAAGUAAUGUCAUGAUUAGAAUUCAGUGCCACAGAGUGCUAACAAAUUACAGGUCUCUCUUUUUGGAAGGGAUGCAGUUAUUUAAUGUAAUAAAAAUGACCAGAGCAGUAAUUAGAUAUUGAUACCACCCAGUUGCUGGGAAAUUACAGAUCUUUGAGAUGAGGCUUUUGGGGGUUUGAAGAAUAAUACAUUUAUUUUAAUGCAAUUAAAAAUGCAACACAAAAAUGUAACUUCCACUUUUUAUCCUGUCUCAACCUUUCCUUUCUUUUUGACUUAUACUCUAACUCUAGCAGCCAGCAGAUGUCAAGUGCAGCAGGUAGCAUCAGCUGUUUUUCCUUCUGCAUAAUUUAGAUUCUGCUCUCAGUCCUGCUGUCUAACAUGCUACAUCACUUGAAAGGUCAGCUGUGCCUGAGUAUGUAGAGGCUGCAGGUGAUUGGUUUAGCCUGGCCUUGCAAUGGGUGGAGAGUAUCAGAAGGGGCAACCCAUAGACCUACUGGAAAAGGAAAUGGACUCAUGUGGAAAGAGGUUCCACUGAGCAACAGAAAUGGAGUGAGAUAAGAUGAUGCCCCUGAACCCCUUUUGAACUUUGGACCUGGAUUGGACAUAUCUACUUAGAGUCAGCAUUUAUUCGGGAAUGAAAAUAACAAUAAUGUCGUUAUUGUUAAAGUUGGUAGGGAAUUUUUCAGUGCAUCGGUUUCAGUGAAAAUUUCUUAAGGAAGGUUUCUCAGGUCCAGGAUGGAAUUUCUGGUGAGGGAGAGACCAGAAUAGCUUUCACCUGGGAUGUGGGGGAACCAAUUGCAAGUCCCUGAUUUGGAGCAGGGACUCAAAACUGCAUUUCCCACAUCCCAGACAGGUGCCCUGACCACCAGGUUACUGGUUAUUCCAUGGGCUCUGUCUGGCUUGUGGUUUCUCCAGCCAGCCCUACUUGCCAGAAGACAGGCCAACUGAUCUAGAAGAUGACCAAAGGGAUCUGCAUCUCCUCUCUUUAAAUGACUGUAAAUCCCACUGACAUUGAUAUGAGCUGUGUGUGUACAGUAAGAGGAGAAUACGUUCCCUUAAUAAGGGCACCAUGGUUCCCUAUGUUGUAAGGCAUUGGGAGGGUGGAAGGGAUGUUUGCUGGAGAGGACCCUGAAUCUAUGGAAGGGAGGAAGCAGUGUCCGUGUUGCCUGCUGCUGUGCAUGAAAGUUUCCAUCUGACUCUGGAUGCUCAGGGCUUCCUGGAUUUGGGAAUAGGAUGUACCUUGUAGCAGGUAGAAAAACAGAGCUGGGGAGCAGCUGCCGAAUGCAGCCUGCUUUCUUCUGACACACAAUUCAGUGGAAGGUAAUGCCAUGGUGAGCAGCAUUAAUCUGGGCUCUUGCUGUCCACUUUUCUUGGAGGUGAGUAAAGCACGGUGCAGCAGAGGUAGAUAGAGCUGUACUCUAGAGAUGAAGGGUCUGCAGGGUGGUUUAGAGAUGGGGGUUGUAGCUCCUUUUGCUCACUGACAGUAUUGCCAACCUGAAAUGUUCAAAAAUCAGGAGUCACGCCUGCCCAAACUCACAAGAGUGGCUCAGACAGCAUGAGAUUAUUUUAACAAAUAAUUAAUAUUGGAUUCUGUUUAAUCACCUUCUGGGCUUUAAGCCUUCGAGAGACAUGUUUUCAAGGUUUUUUUGCCAUAACCAAGAGAAAGAGACAGACUUUUUUUGAAAAAAAAAAAGCUGAGAUUCUCACAUAUUCACAUGACUCCAGGAGCUGGGGCUUUCAGAAAAACAUUAAAUAGUAUGAGACAGAUAUUACUAUCUUGAGAGUUGACAACAUUGCAUUAAUGUCCAGGUUCCAUGGGAUUUUGAGCUUGCCAUAUCUCCCUCCUAAGGGAAGCAUUUCAUGGAAUCUCUGAGAGUUUUUUUAAGACCUCCUUUCUCAAUGAGGGAUAGUGAUGUGUCUUGUCUUUAGCUCUUUACACAAUAUAUCUAAUAUGGAAAGACACAGGCCAAAUAACUGCAUUUACUAUGUUAGAGUGAGUCAGGAAAUGGGUUUUUCCAUGAACAUUUUCAAGUUUUCAAAAAAAAAAAUUCUGUCCUGAAAUGGAACAAAAAGUAAAUAUCUCAACAAUUUUCACAAUCUGAAAAUUCCCCCCCCCAAUGGUCAAUCAAAAUAUUUCAGUUAGAUUGUGAUCAUUUUUAUACUUUCAAAAUAAUAAUAAUUAGCUUAAAAUUUGAUACAAAAAGUCAUUCUGAAUGGGAAAACCGGAAUUGUUUUUUUUAGGAAAUGCCAAAAUGAAAGCUUGCAACAAUUUCAAACUUUUAUUUAAAAAAAAAUCAAGUUGAAAAAUUUGUCAAAACCAACCAUUGCCCAUGAAAAUUUUAAAUGUUGAUGCAUCGGCAUUUUCCUAUGGAAAAAACGUUCCCUGAAAAAUUCACAGCCAGCUCUACUGAACAUAAGAACGGCCAUAUAGGGUCAGACCAAGGGUCCAUCUAGCUCAGUAUCUUGUGUUCUGACAGUGGCUAAUGUCAGGUGCUUCAGAGGGAAUCAACAGAAUCGGUAAUCACCAAGUGAUCCAACAUAUAUAACAUGUCAGGCCUAACCACAUACAUAUGCUGUGGCAGAGGUCUGGUAGCUACAGAAAUAUGGAAGACAGUGAGGGUUCAAAAAUUACUUAAAGGACCACUAUCCUGUUCCUAUACUAUAGUAUCAUAGAAAUGUAGGGCUAGAAGGGACCUCAAAGGCCAUCUAGUCCAGCGCUCAGGCAUGGACCUGGGGCUUUAAGAUCAGUGGCCUUGGAGGAGCAUUUGCUGCUAUAGUUUUAAUUGCUCAGAACAGUAAGCCAACAAAACCAAGGUGACAAGAAAUGUACCAUGCUGCGCCAUGCAGCCAACUAUUAGCGCUGCAAACUAGCUCUUCCAGAUGACGGGGCCGUGCCGAGGGGCCGCCAGUCCCCCAAUGUUGUGCACAGCACACACCAGUAGGGGGCAGCGCAAGUUGCAGCAAUGGGAUUCCAAGAGGGCUGCCUACAUUGCAUGUCGCAAGCCAGCAGCCAGCAGGGAAGCCGUUUUCAAGAGGUGCCCAUAGAGCCUCAUCCAAAGCCCAUCAUACUCAGUGCAAGGCCCCCUCCACACACGUCAAUGGAUCAGGCUUUUCAUGAGCAGGAGGUAGAAUAAGAAGGGAAGGGGAGAGAGAGCAAAGGGGAAGAGAGCGCCCCCUACUGGUGAAAUUGACUGUAACCACUGCAUGUGAGUUACAAGUGCCGUGUAGUGGUUCUGCUUACAGCCCAUGCUGCGAUGGUGGGGAGGAACGUGCAUGUGUCCCACAUGCCCCCUCAGAGCUGCUGCUGAGGACCCCUAGCACAGCCUGUUGCUGUCAGGGUUGGAAUGUGUCAGUCAGACUCCUUAGUCCGUUCUAACUCCUAUGGGAUCUGCAGUCCUGCCACCUCAUUCUCCUGAGCAUUGGUUUGGUUGGCCUGGGCUGGGGAACACCAGCCUUCGAAGGGUUAAGGUGAGCACUUUUCUCUCGCAAAACCGAUCAGCCCUGGGAACAGACCCAUUUGUGUUUUUCCUGCCAUCGCUCUGUUCUCUAGAGGGGACGAGCAGCAGCCUAGGUGGGUCCCUCACUUCACGGGAUUUUCAGAGGAAGUCGGCACCUAUGUAACUUCAAGAGUUGUUAGGCAGAAGAGAAAGGAGGUAUUUGGGGCCUGAUUCAAAGCACACUGAAGCCACUGGAAAGACUCCCGUGGAGUUAAUGAGUGUUGAAUCAGGACCUUGGUGAACACUGAUUUGGAGGUCAUUCUAAGAGCAGGGAUGAGAUUGGAGGGAGCCACUUCCUAUCAUUUCUUGUUCAUUGGAUUAUUAAUAGGCAUGUUCCAAUAGUCAUGAAUGGACCCCAGCACUUUACAGAAGAAAGAAUAAAAUAUAGUCCUGGUCCCAAAGAGUUUUGACUAGGAUUUUCAGACAAUGAUAGUUGGACAUCAUUCAGCGGUAGGCAUGAACUGAAGAACUGGAUGUCAACCACAUCAAGGCAUAAUUCCAUGGCAGUUUAAUUUAGACCGUACUGACUCUUGGCAGAUUACUCCUCCCCCUGCAGCAAUUAGCUGCAUGCAGAAUUCAAAAUAGAUCCUUUUUCUAUGUGAAUGAAUUAACUAAGCAACAUUACAGCAGGGCUGACGGAAGGAGACAAAGCAAACAGAUUAGCAGGUGCAAAGCAUGGAACUUUCUUUAUUGGGUGUCAGGCACGGACAGGCCCAUCUGGUCACCAUCAUAAGGUUGGUAGGGCAUGAUACAUGGGGUGGGCACUGAUAGCAGUGGAAAUGGGGACAAAUCCGUAGGCCUCUGAUAGAGAACCAACGGAGGCCAUUGAGUCAAUAGAAGCCACAUGAGUUUCAACAGCUUUGGAUAUACAGAAAAGCCUAGCAUACUGGAAAUACUAUGUCGCUUUCGUUUAGUCUAGCCACUGACUUAGCACUUGGACUGCAGUCGGCUCUGGAAUAAUUCCAACACCAGGGUCCGCAUAACUACUGUCCAACAAUAGUCUUGCUAUAGAAACUGCCCUUAUAGCAGGCUGUUGCAGAUGGGAAGGGACGGUCCAGAGGUCAGGACACUAAUGUGGCACUUGGGAGACCUGGGCUCAAUUUCUUGCUCUGCCACAGACUUCCUGUGUGACCUUGGGCAAGUCAUGUAGCCUGUCUGUGUCUCAAUUCCCCAUCUGUACAGUAAGGAUGAUAGAUCUUUCCUAAAGCACAGUGGUGUGUGAGGACAACUACAUUAAAGAUGGAAAGGUGCUCAGCUGCUACAGGGAUGGGGGCCAGAUAAAGCACCCAAGACAGAAAGCUGGGUGGAUCCAAACACUCCUGAGCUCUGGGAAUGUUUGAAUCUGCAUGUGGCUUUGUGGCUCAGGCCUAGCGCCAUAUGAUAUAUUUUGGAGUUAAUGUCCUUGGUAAGAUCUCAGACAUCCACUUGAUUGUAUUUAAUAUCUCUACAGCAAACUCCCCUUUGGCACAUGAGAUCUGAUAGUCUGGGCUAAAAAUUUCCAUCAGUUUUGGUUGCUGUUCUGUUGAUACAUUUAAUACGGCAAAAUAUCCAUCUGCAAUUGAUUGGAUCUCAAACUCCAAGCUACCAAGUCUUCUUGGAACAUCACCCCACGGCCUAAAUGUAUUUCAUGGAGUUGUCUUUUUGUUCAGAUCAACACAGUUAUUGGGAUUGUUUGCCCCAGAUAUUUGGGGCAUACAAAUUACAAAAUCAACCAGUAUAUUAUACUUCUCCCUCUUCCCAUUUUCAAAAAAUGAAUAAUCUCAUUGGAGAGUGUAUUUUGGAUCAAGAUCAGCGUUGUGAAAUGUACCAUACAAGGUGUCACGGGCAAUAAAGUGGAAGCCAGUUAGGGCCUGCUACUAAUCCCAUAGAAGCAAGUGGCAAAACUCUCAUGGACGUCAAUAGGAGCAUGUGUAGCUUAGUGUUUUCUUAUUUGUCCAUAUUGCGGUAGGGCCUAGAAGCCCUACCCAAGAAUCAGGGUCCCAUUGUGCUCAGAGCUGUACACACAUAUAAUGCAGAGAUGGUCCUUGCCCCAUGGUAAAGUUAACUUUACAAUCUAGGUAUAAGACUGAAGGCAAAUGCAACAAACAUCAUGGGGAGGGGGACAAGGGAACAGUGAGACAAUGGUGUCCCUAGUCUCUGUUUGC